UAWGGUUACAGAACCUAAUUGCACAUCACUGUCAGCUUAAGUUACCACCAGGGAAUCACAUUUCAUGGUUGUUUCACUUUUAGGCAAAGGACCUCUCACUUUCUUGGCUUGAAACAGUUCUCCAUGUAGAUUUUACAGCAAACAGCCUGGUUUGAAAAAAAGAAAAAAAAAACUGCAACUCACUCAUGUUGAUUAGAGUUUCAAUGCUGAUGGAUUUUUGGAGAGAUAUGCUCAGCUUUUCAGCUUCCUGGAUUUUUCUGCUGCUGACACAAUCUGGAGUUGCUUCAGAAUCCUCGGAGGGGAGCGCAGACCUUUUUCUCAAUCAAGAAUCAGACUUUGAUCAGUGUCCAAAAGGAAAAUACUUCAACCAGAAGCUUUGUUUGGACUGCCCCUCUGGUCAUUUUUGCCCUGGCAAUGUUUCUGCACCUACAAGGUGUCCCGCAGGAACAUUCAACCUCUACACAGCGAAAAGCAGCAUCACUGACUGUAAGCCUUGUUUUCCAGGUCUGAUCAGUUCAGAGGACAGAGUGGACUGUAGGCUGUGUCCUGCUGGCUUUUCAUGUGAUCCCACCAAUGAGACAAUUUAUAUAUGCCCUGCAGGACAACAUUCUCCAGAAGGGGUUCUGCAGUGUCUGACCUGUCCUUUUGAUUCUAUUUGCAUAUAUGGAUUCCCUUAUAAGUGUGGACCUGGAAAGGAGCCAGAUGCAGAUCACACUGAGUGUAAUGACUGCUCCCCAGGUUUUUAUUCCACUGCUUGUACUGUUCAGUGUCUGGCGUGCCCAGCAGYAAGCUACUGUCCAGAUAAGGGGAUGUCUCAGCCGCUGCCCUGUCCUCCUGGCUCAUCCUCCACACCUGGACAGACCUACUGCCGUAGAUGUAACGACACGUCCUCGCUGUGUGGGGUAGCUGCGGCACCGCGCUGGAGCCAAAGAUUAGACCAACCCAUCACUUGUCGAGCAGGAACCUACAAGCAUAUGAAUGAAGACUCAGCUUGCAUUGUCUGCCCAAAAGGUCAUUAUUGUGUGGGAGGUGUUGCUUUACCUUGUCCUGCCGGGACUUACGGCGCUAAAGAAGGUCUGCAGAGACUGAAGGACUGCACAAUUUGUCCUGCAGGGUUCUACUGUCUGGAAGGCAGCUCUCAGAGACCCACCUCCCAGUUCAUGUGCCCACUGGGCUAUUACUGUGAGGAGGGCACCACCACUCCUCAUGGGUCACCUUGUCCUGCUGGCACAGCAGGGGAACAACUGGGUCAAACUAGUAGGGCAGCCUGUAAGAGAUGCAGAGAGGGACGCUUCUGCCCUGCAGGCACAUCAGGUCCAGGCCUCCCUUGUGCUCGAGGAAGUUUUUGUCCUGCUGGAACCUUGGAGGAAGUGACAUGUCCUCCAGGCACCUUUACCCCUCAUCAAGGAGCUAUAAGUGUGAAGGAUUGUCUCAAAUGCCCAGCUGGUUUUUACUGUCCAGAGGGGACAAGAGAUCCAAUGCCAUGUCCAUCUGGCUCUUUUAACCCCUUGGAGGGUCAGGAUGAGUUGGCUGACUGCAGAGAGUGCUAUGCAGGGAAGGCCUGCACACAGAUUGGUCUGAGAGCCCCUGAUGUGGACUGCAUGCAGGGGUUUGUGUGUCCUCUUGCAUCCUCAAAACCCAACGCACCAGCCAACGCCUGCCCACCGGGGACACUUAGCAAUCGCACCAACCUUACUGACCGCUCGCAAUGUCAGCAGUGUCCUGCACGAUUUGCCUGUUUAAGAGGAACUGGUGGUGUCCAAAGACCUCCCCUUUAUUGCUUUGCUGGACAUUACUGUCCACCUGGAACCAUGUUUCCAACCCAGUACAAGUGUCCCAUGGGGACAUGGAGCAGUCACAGUGGGCUAGAGGCUGAAAGAGAGUGUCAGCGUUGUCCACGGGGCUGGUACUGUUUGGCCGGCUCUGCAGCACCAACGGGCCGAUGCAAUUCUGGACACUAUUGUCCUGAAGGGACUGCAUAUGGCACCCAGUUCCCCUGCCCUGCAGGCACUUACAGCAUCCAAAUGGGCAACAGACACAAAGAGGACUGCUUGAUUUGUCUCGAAGGCUCAUUCUGUCAAGCAGGAACCUCUAAACCUUCACCUUGCCCACCCUCUACAUUUCAGCAGUUGAAAGGAGGGCAAAGGCCAGAGGACUGCUCUCCUUGCCCUGCUGGCUAUUUUUGUCCCCACUCAGCCACUAUCAACCCCAGAGUGUGUGGAGCUGGCAGCUACUCUGACGAAGGCUCUGUGGAGUGCUCUCCAUGCCUGCAGGGCCAUUACUGCAGUGAUGAGACCACCACUGAGGAGGCUAUGUUAAGUGUCAUGGUGUGCCCCCCUGGUUUCCUGUGCUCCCAGGGUUUGGCCAGAGACCCCCAGCGCUCUGCCACUCUCUGCCCUCGAGGUUUCUACUGCCCAGGAGGAGGCAUUAAUCCCAACCCAAUUCCUUGCCCCAAUGGCACAUAUGGAAAAUCUCCUGGUCUACGUGAUGAAUCAGAGUGUAUCCGGUGUCCUGAGGGGAAAUACUGUUUUUCCCAGCAACCUCAGGAGCAGCCAAUUACUAGACCUACAGGGGAGUGUCCCAAUGGACACUUUUGCCCCCCAGGAACUGGCUUCCCCUACACCAAUCCCUGCCAGGUUGGUAGAUACAGGAACAAUACACUCAGUCACAGUGGAGAAGUGUGUAUUUUAUGUCCAUCCAGACAUUACUGCAACAAACUUGGAACUGAAAUGCCAUUACUCUGCCCUCAGGGCUUUUUCUGUCCAGAGGGCACGUCUAUUCCCAAACCUUGUCCCGAGGGAAUGUACAGCUCCCGCUCUGCUCUCAGUGAUGUUUCAGAGUGCACACCCUGUGGCGGAGGCCAGUACUGCACUGGUUUUGGACUUGKAGAGCCUUCCGGAAGCUGCAAAAAGGGUUUCUACUGUAGAAUGGGAGCCAAGUCUGCAACUCCACUUGACGGACCGACUGGAGGUUUGUGCCCACCUGGAAGUUAUUGUCCUGAUGCGUCGAUCUCCCCCCUCCCCUGCCCCGCUGGCACUUUCAGCAACAGCUCUGGACUCGCCGUCCCGGAUGAGUGUAUUAGCUGUCCACCGGGUUUUUAUUGCCUAGGUUCCAACAACACCUCACCUUCAGGACCUUGUUUUCCUGGUUUCUACUGUACUGGAGGCUCAGCUUCACCUGUUCAGAAUGAAGCAGAAGAAGGGUUUUAUUCUUUGCAGGGAGCAGCCAGGGCAGAGCCAUGUCCUCUUGGCACUUUUCAGCCGCGUCGGGGUGCAGGGUCGUGCGUGGAGUGUCAGGCAGGCAGACUGUGCAAUCAAAUGGGUUUGUCCCAACCAUCGCUGUGCCCCGAAGGACAUUACUGUCCUCGUGGCUCUUCUACUCCUCAUACCUGUCCUCCUGGUUCUUACUCUGACCAACCCAGUGGUGAGGCUGUGCAGCACUGUCGACCGUGUGAGGCAGGUUGGUUUUGUAACAGAGCCGGCCUCACUAAACCUGAAGGUCUCUGUGACCCAGGACACUACUGCACCUCGGGAGCCUCCACUGGCUCUCCCGUUGCUUUAGCCUCUGGUGAUGUGUGUCCUGCUGGCUACGUCUGUCCACGCGGGACCAAGUACUCGCGACAGCACCCUUGUCCUGUAGGAACCUGGAGCAGCUCUAUAGGAGCCCAGAAUCUGUCGUCCUGUUGGCCCUGCCCACCUGGACUUUAUUGCAACAGCACCGGACUCAGCCAGCCUUCAGGAAUAUGUACUAUUGGUUAUUACUGCUUAGGAGGGGCAGAGUUUUCAAAGCCCUCGGAUGGGAUGACAGGAGACAUAUGUCCAGUUGGAUACUAUUGUCCUUUAGGCUCAGCUUUUCCUAUACCUUGUCCUGAUGGGACUUACUCAAACUCAACAGGCGCAGGAAUGUGCAAUGACUGUCCGUCAGGCACAUACUGUCUGUCAGGAGAAAGUGUCCAGUCCUGUCCAGCAGGCCACUACUGUCUCGGUGGAGGGGUUGAGGGCAUUCUGCCGUGCCCACCUGGCACCUACAGCCCUCAGCUCGGUCUCAGUCAGGUGGAGCAGUGCCUCAUUUGUCCAGCAGGUUUCUACUGUGAGGACUGGGGGCUGUUUGAACCUAGUGGACCCUGUCAGGCUGGUUACUACUGUAUAGCAGGUGUAAACUUUGAGAAUCCUGACGGCAACUUCAGCACAGGGAUAGGAGGAGUGUGUCCACAGGGGAGAUACUGUCCUCAGGGCACCGGACUCCCUCUGCCCUGUCCGCCUGGGACGUACUCAGACAGUUUGUAUCUGAUGGACGCCUCUGGCUGUACUCCAUGCCCGGCGGGUCAGUUUUGUGCCACGCCAGGUCUCACGCACCCAUCUGGUCAGUGUCAGGCAGGAUCCUAUUGUCCAGGUGGAGACACAACAAGCACAGGCUCAGAAGGAGGGCUUUGCCCACCGAGUCAUUACUGCCCCGAGGCGAGUGCCAGGCCUGCGCCCUGCCCUGCUGGAACCUACACCAACCUGACAGGUCAGCCAGUGUGUUCCCGCUGCCCCGCAGGAUAUUAUUGUCCAGAAAAGACUGGCAAUUUUACCAAGUUCCCCUGCCCUCCUGGAUUCUACUGUCCUGAUGGAACCAAGCACGCUACCCAAUUUCCCUGUCCUCGAGGAUACUACAACCCGGAGCCCAUGACUCAGAGUCUGGACAGCUGCCUGCCUUGUCCUCCAGGACACUACUGUGAGAAAGAGCGGCUGACCAACGUGUCGGGAAGAUGCAAAGCUGGUUGGUUCUGUGUGUCUGCAGCAUGGAACUCGCAGCCCUUUGACCUUGACAAUUACACAAAUGCCAACUGUCUGUGCCCAGCUACCUCCACAGGGGGGCGCUGCCAAGCAGGCUUUUACUGUCCUUUGGGAAGCUCAGAGCCCAUACCAUGUGCACCUGGAGCCUUCUGUAACAUUUCAGGUUUAGCUUUGCCAAUGGGUCCCUGCUCCCCUGGGUAUUACUGCACUGGAGGAGCCAUGAGGGCCAGACCGACAGAUGGAGAAACAGGCAACAUCUGUCCUCCUGGGAUGUUCUGUGCUGAGGGCUCAGGAGAGCCAGAGUUGUGUCCAGCUGGUACCUUCUCCCCAGUGAUGGGUCUGACUAAUGAAGCAGGCUGUCAGCCUUGUACAGCAGGUUUCUACUGUGGAGAAGCAGGCCUCAGUACUCCAACUGGACCCUGCAGUCAAGGCUACUGGUGUCCUCCUGGUCAGAAUGUGGGGACAGCUCUGCCAUGUCCUUCUGGUCACUUCUGUUUACAAGGUAGUUCAGCUCCAGAACCCUGUCCAUCGGGAACAUAUCAGGACAGAGACAAACAGACAUCCUGCACAGUCUGUGAGCCAGGGUACUAUUGUGAUUUGAGAUUGGGUUCAGCCAACGCUUCCUUGCCGAGGCCGUGCCCUAAAGGACAUUACUGUCCUGCAGGUACGGUCUUACCGAACCAACACCCCUGUCCUAUGGGCACCUUUAACCCAAGAGAGCACACAGACAGCCCAGCUGACUGUCUUCCAUGUGCUGCUGGACACUACUGUCCUUAUGUUGGACUUUCAGAGCCGGCAGGACUGUGCCAUGCUGGUUAUUAUUGCAAACUGGGUGCAUCCUCUCCCAGCCCCCAGGAAGGACUCUCGGGCUCCUUGUGCCCUCCUGGUCACUACUGCCCCUCAGGCACCACAGCUCCUGAAGUCUGCCCUAAAGGAAGCUGGUCGAACAGUUCAGGCCUACGUGACAAAGAGGAUUGUAAACCAUGUUUGGGGGGAUUUUACUGUGACUCUGCUGGCCUCACCAAACCCACUGGAUCCUGUAGUGAAGGAUAUUUCUGCACAAAGGGAGCUGUCACACCCACCCCUGCUGAUGGAAUCACAGGAGGACCCUGCCCUGAAGGUCACUACUGCCCAGAGGGAACUGUUCAACCUGUGCCCUGUGAUCCUGGGACUCAUGUCGCUGUUACACAAGCUUUUCAGUGUGAGCUGUGUAUACCAGGCUGGUACUGUGUGUCUGGCUCUUUGUUCCUGUGCCCUGCAGGCUUUUACUGUCCUGAAGGAACUGGAUUUGAUUUGAAAAGCUGUCCAGCAGGAACUUAUGGUCCAGAUCCAGGCUAUUGGUCUAUGUCCCAGUGCAGGCAAUGCGAUGGAGGACAUUACUGCUCUUCCAGAAAUAACACAGCUGUCACAGGGCCAUGCCAGGAGGGAUAUUACUGUUCACAUGGAAACAUCUCCCCACAACCUCUCUCACAGGAUACAGGAGAAGGAGGGCCAUGUCCUACUGGUCAUUACUGUCCUCUUGCUACCGUCCUACCUCUGCCCUGUCCACGAGGAACUUUCUCUAACAUCAGCAAAUUAGCCUCCAAGGAGGAUUGUCGUCCUUGUCUCCCGGGCUACUACUGCAGCACCGAGGGGCUUUCAGCACCAUCAGGACAAUGCUGGGAAGGAUUCCUCUGUCUGGGAGGAGCAGGUCGUCCUGACCCGCCCUUCACGGACAGCCGUGGAGGACCAUGCCCAAAAGCAGGUUAUUACUGUUCAAGGGGCUCUGUGGCACCACAGCACUGCCCUUUGGGAACCAUCAGCACAGAAGAGAGCCGAGCCAGCUGCACUACCUGUCCCCAGGGAUUUUAUUGCCCCAGCAUGAGUAACGGCUCUGUGUCUGAGAGUUUUCUGUGUCCAGCGGGUCAUUACUGCCCAGCCGGGACGUGGUCCAAACACCAGUACCCGUGUCCAGCUGGAUCCUUCAAUCCUCACACUCAGAUGACAAAACCCCAGGACUGCUUACCAUGCCUUCCAGGCUCGUUCUGCGCAUCCCCUGGCAAAGAUGAGGCAUCGGGCUUGUGUAGUGCAGGAUACUACUGUCUCUCCGGCGCUAGGUCACCCACACCGGAGGACGGAGGGAUGACAGGUGAUAGAUGUCCUGAAGGGCAUUACUGCUCUCAGGGUUCUUCAGCCCCAGUCCCCUGUCCUGUAGGAUACUACAGCAACACAACCAGAAACAGACAUGUGUCUGACUGCCUGCCUUGUCCUCCAGGCUUCCUGUGCYUCAGCAGAGGGCUCUCUUUUCCUUCCCAUAUCUGUCCAACUGGAUUUUACUGCCCAGGCAGAGGAAAUAACAACCUGCAGGAAUCUGUAACUUGCUCACCUGGGAACAGGUGCCCAUCUGGAUCUGAGAGACAGGUUCCCUGCUCACCUGGAACCUAUCAGGAUUUACCUGGUCAGGCAGACUGUAUUGAAUGCCUCGCAGGAUUUUUCUGUGCCGGCUCGGUGAAUGCUGACACAGGGCAGGCGUCUGGAACUCACACUCCCAUGCUGUGUCCUAAAGGACAUUAUUGCCCACCUGGAACGCAGACUGGUGUAGCAUUUCCAUGCCCAGCUGGCACUUUCAGCAGCCAGAUGGGGUUGUCCAAUAAAUCGGACUGUGAGCUCUGCCCACCUGGGAGAUUCUGCAGUUCAUCUGGUCUGUCUGCUCCAACUGGGGUCUGCUCUCCUGGUUACCUCUGUGUCCAUGGUUCUGUUACUGCCCAACCAGAGGAGGGCCCGACAGGAAGACGGUGUGCCGCGGGAUCCUUCUGCCCACAGGGUACAAGCCACAUGGUCCCAUGCCCGGCAGGAACCUUCAGCUCCACAGAUGGGGCCAUUUCAAUAGAUGCAUGUCAGCCCUGCUUGCCUGGACACUACUGUGCUGAGGCUGGUGCUGUCACUCCAUCAGGACCCUGUAAUCCUGGCUUCUACUGCAGAGAUGGGUCCAAAACUGCCACACCUUUGAGAAAUGUCACUGGAGAAAUGCCACCUUCUUCCUUAUUUGCCGACGAUCCACGUAUGGGUCAGUUUCAUGGUGACGUGUGUCCRGCAGGUCACUACUGCCCUAAAGGCAGCACGAAACCAAGUCCCUGUCCUCCAGGUACUUUCCUUGGGAGGCCUGGAGCUGAGUCCAAGGAUGACUGUGAAGCUUGUUACUCUGGUUUGUACUGCCCCCUUUGGGCUCAGACAUUUGCCGACCUCCUCUGUCCCCCUGGGUGGUUCUGCCCAACAGGAUCAGUGUCUGGAUUUCAGCCAGGAUACCAGUGUUCACCCGGCCAUGCAUGUCCUGCUGGUGGAGCAGAGCCUGUCAUUUGCAGUCCAGGCACUUUUCAGUCUUUAUCUGGACAGUCAGAUUGUGAGAGCUGCCCACCAGGUUUUUACUGUAUGGAGGGUUCAACUCUGCCCUCUCCCUGUCCAMUGGGCUAUGUCAGCCCAUUAGCUGACAGGAUGUCCCUGAAUGACUGCUCCCCCUGCCCGUCUGGCUUCUUUUGUAACAGCAGUGCUUUGACAGAACCAUCUGGACCUUGCAGCCCAGGUCAUUUUUGUUCCUCAGGGUCCACUGAGCCUUCGCCUGUCUCCCAGCCUUACGGUGAUGUUUGUCCCAUGGGACACUUCUGUCCUCUGGGUAGUGGGACACCCAAACCCUGUCCUGUUGGUAGUUUCCUUCCAGAGCUUGGGGCGUUCUUCCCAUUCCACUGUCGUCCUUGUCCCCCUGGGAAAUACUGUGUCAAUCCUGGAGCCUCACAGCCCUCAGGUUUGUGUUCUAAGGGUUUCUAUUGUCCUGGAGGUGCUGAUAGCCCUACACCUCGAGCCAACUCGUCUUCACUCAGAUGUCUUCUAGAAAUGUUGGAACUUUCUUCCAUGAAGACAGAUGCCGCCUUGUGGAUGUACAAUCUGUCCUGCUCCAGUUAUUCUGGAAGAAACGUUAGCUGGAUCAAAGUGGCUACAGUGCCACAGGCGGAUUCACAUCACAAUGUGAAUCACUCAGAAAAUCGUCUCACGAGUCCACAUUAUGCAUGUUCCACCUACCGAGGAGAUAUAUGUCCUAAGGGUUUCUUUUGUCCUUUGGGUUCUGCUUACCCUCAUCCCUGUGAGGCAGGUUUUUAUUGUAACCAGACCGGUCUAGAAGUCCCUGCAGGGCCUUGUGCUGCUGGAUACCACUGUCCUUGGGGCUCCUCAGACCCUCAUGUUAACCUCUGUCCCAUUGGACACUACUGUCCUGUUGGUACUCAACUUCCUUUGCCUUGCCCUCUUGGAACCAUAAAACGUUCCACUGGCGGAUCCACAGUUGAAACUUGUCAGCCGUGUCCUCCAGGUCAAUACUGCCAACAGAGAGGAAUGGCAGAGCCAAGUGGCCAAUGUGCAGAAGGCUACUACUGUCCUAAAGGACAGAGCUCUGAGAGGCCACAACAUCAUGUCUGCUCAGUGGGACACUAUUGUGAGAAGGGCAGUGUCAGACAGACGCCCUGCCUUCCUGGCAGGUACCAGKCCAGACAAGGCAGAGGGAGCUGUGAGAUGUGCCCUGCUGGCUUUUAUUGUCAAGAUCUUGGCAUGAUGCUUCCACGCUCCUGUGAGAGAGGGUUUUACUGCCCUCCUGGAUCAGCAGAUCCGCAUCCCUGUCCAUCAGGAACCUAUGGAAACUUGUCAGGACUAGUUGAGAAAUCGCAGUGCACAUUGUGCGACCCCGGCAUGUACUGUAAAGGAACAGGGAGGACGUUCCCCAGUGGGCUUUGUGCUGAAGGAUUUUUUUGUGUUGGAGGAGCCUUUGAACAUUCACCAUCAGACACUCUGACAGGAGCCUUGUGCCCUCCAGGGUUUUUUUGCCCUGUGGGAACGUCUGUACCAAAACUGUGCCCAAAAGGAACAUUCAGUGAGCAGGGUGGACUUGUUGACAGUUCCCAGUGUCAAAGCUGCAGUCCAGGAUUUUACUGCUCAGAAUCUGGUCUCUCUAAAGUUUCUGGACCCUGUCUGCAAGGUUUCUACUGUCUUGAUGGUUCUCAGUCUGCUGCUCCAGUAUCUGGUGUGUCUGGGGGUGUCUGUCCAGCAGGCCACUACUGUCCAGAGGGCACCAGCAUACCAUUCCCCUGCCCACUUGGUUUUUACCUGAAUGAUACUGGAAGAAAAAGCAAAGACGACUGCAAACCGUGUCCUCUUGGGUGGUUCCAGGAUUUGCCUGGCCAAAGAGAAUGUAUUCCCUGUCCUCCUGGGUUCCACUGCCAGCCUCUGAUUCCAAGUCCCACCAGGGGAAGUUUGGCUGGUGUCUCAAGUCCUCUGCCUUGCCCAGCCGGGUUCAUUUGUCCCAGGGGAAAUCCAGAUGGUCGGGCUAUACCAUGCCCCAAAGGCACUUUCAGCCCCAACCAGGGUCUCAUCACUACAGGUCAGUGCCUGAUGUGUCCAGCAGGUCAGUUCUGUGGGUCUGAAGGUUUGGUCGAGCCCUCGGGAUCGUGCGCUGCUGGUUUUCUUUGUCUGAUGGGUGCAAAGGUGCCAAAUCCAACUGACAACAACACUGGAUCUCUGUGUCCUCCUGGGAUUUUCUGCCAACAAGGGCUAAGAGCAGGUGAUUGCCAGGCAGGGUUUUAUUGUGAUUCGGGAUCCAGCAAAGCAGAUCAAGCUCCAUGCCCAGCUGGUUUCUUUUGCCCCAGUGGAGRACCAGUCCCUGUCCCUUGUCCUGCAGGAACAUUCAGCUCUGAUAUGGGAAACUUUCAUCAAGACAACUGCACCACGUGUGUUCCUGGAUACUACUGUCCAAAUGAAGCUACCCUCUCACCAGUGCUGUGUCCAGUUGGACACUACUGUCCUGAAGGUCAGAUUUUAAGACAGGAGUUCCCUUGUCCACCCGGCACGGUGCAGACCCAGCUUGGAGCCUCCAGUCCUGAUGCCUGCCAGCCAUGCCCUGCAGGAAUGUUUUGCUCUCAGUCUGGCUUGUCACAGCCAACAGGUCUCUGUCAGGAAGGAUUCCUCUGUAGUGCAGGAUCAAUCAGCCCAAACUCCACUGAGAAUCAGAAAAAUUCAACCACAAGUGGCCUUUGUCCAUCAGGCCAUUACUGCCCCUCUGGGACUGGUUAUCCACUACCUUGUCCCGUUGGUUCCCUUGCUGUUUCUCAAGGACUAAGAAGAAUUGAGGAAUGUCCCCCAUGUCCACCUGGAUUAUUUUGUGACAGUCCUGCAAUGUCAAAUCUCUCCAGCGCUCUGCCAUGUCAGGCUGGGUAUGUGUGCUUGGGUGGAAGCUCCAGCCCCACUCCGUCUGAUGGUUCCCAUGGCUACCUCUGCCCUGCUGGCUAUAGCUGUCCUGUUGGCUCAGCGAGUGAGGUGCCCUGUGAACCUGGCACUUACAGUCCUGUCCCCGGAGCAGCCCACUGCAUGGCGUGCCUGAAAGGAACCAUGUGUCCCUCUUCAACUACUCGGGAGCCUGCUACCUGCCCAGCUGGUUAUUUUUGUCCUGCUGGGACAGUCCUGCCUCAGGCCUGCCCUUUAGGAACCUUCAAUAACCAGACAGGUUCUCAUUCUGACUCUGUCUGCACACCGUGUCCCUCUGGAGUGUACUGUAGCUCCUAUGGAGCCUCCGCACCACAAGGUCCCUGUUUACAGGGUUACUUCUGCCAAGGUGGUGCUGCAGAGCCAACACCUGGGAGCUCUGACAUCUUCCCCAAAAAUGGUCCUUGUCCUGUUGGCCACUUUUGUCCAACAGGGUGUCUCUCCCCAAUUCCWUGCCCUGCUGGGAGCAUUCGCAACACUACUGGAGGUGUGUCCAUGGAGAGUUGUGUCACCUGUCCUUCCGGUCAUUACUGCUCCAUUGAAGGCCUCGCUAGCCCCAGUGGUCCAUGUGCUGCUGGUUUCUACUGCCCCUUUGACUUCUCUUCAACCACUCCAUUUGCCUUCCUUUGUCCCAAAGGGCAUUUUUGUCCGGAGGGAUCUGCUCUGCCCUUGCCUUGUCCUACAGGAGAGUACCAGCCAAACAUGGGUUUGGAGAGCUGCAUACCCUGUCGACCUGGAUUCUUCUGUGAGGAGGCUGUAGUGGGAGACCCACUGCCUUGUCCACCACAUUCCUUCUGCCCCGCAGGCACAAUGGUGCCUCAGCCCUGCCCUGAUGGGACAUACACCCAUUCAACUCAGUGGGGAUUACAGGAUGAGAGAGAGUGUUUGUCCUGCCCUCCGGGCAAGUUCUGCAGGGCUGGUAAAAUCCAAGGAGUUUGUGCUGCAGGGUAUCUUUGUGUUUCUGGGAGUGCAGAUUUCACCCCUUUGGAACAAGUUUCUAACUUGACUUUCUGCCAGUGGGGUCAGCAGUGUGCUGGACCAUGCCCACCAGGUUUUUACUGUCCUGAAGGCACAUUAGAGGCUCUAAUGUGUCCUGCAAAUACAGUUAGAAGCUCACCAGGUGGUAUGAGCCUACAAGACUGCUUGACCUGUCCACCUCAGUACUGGUGCAAACCUGGAGACCCAGUUGUUCAUCUGUGUCCUGCUGGUCAGUACUGUGAUGGCCUUCCUGGCAGUGAUUUUGACGGAGGGACGGGACCCAGGCCGUGUCCUCUGUACACCUACCGAGCUUCCCCAGGAGCAGGCAGCAAGGGUGACUGCCUGUCCUGCCCGCCUGGUUCACACUGUAACAGCACAGGGAUUAUCGACUACUCCCGCAGCCCUUGCCCUCCUGGCUUCUGGUGCAGUGGGUCUGGACCCCCGGUCUUCUGCCCAGCAGGCAGCAAGAGGCAGCUUCCUGGAGCCGCUGCACCCAACCAGUGUGAACCAUGUGCAGGGGGAACCUUCUGCCCUGACCCUCGGGUAACAGGAAAGCCAAACAUUGAAGGAACACCCUGCAGGGCCUCCUAUUAUUGUCCCGAUGGUGCAGUUUCAGAGAAGUUGUGCAGAGCCGGCUCAUACUGUGAACUUCAGACAGCUGAGCCCCAAGUCUGUCCAGAAGGUUAUAUUUGCCCUGAGGGAUCUUAUUCAUUUAGCAAUCCUAAACAACUAUGCCUGUUUCCAUACUACUGCCCAGCCAACAGCUCUGCCAUGAUGUCUUGUGAAGGGGGGUCCAUGCCAGUCAAUAUUAGUGGUCUCAGAGGAACCAAAAGCAGCUGUUGUAGUUUGUGUGAGGGGGGCACCUACCGUCCUUAUCUGUCACCCUCUCUGCAAUGCCUGCCAUGUCCACCAGGUUACUACUGCCCCCCAGGCACAGGCAACUACAGGAGCAAUCCUUGCCCUCUUGGCUUUUUCUGUCAUUUGGGAUCCACUCAGCCAAUCCCUUGCUCAUCUGGCACCUUCGGUAACUUUACCCGUACUGAGAAAAUAAACGACUGCCACCCUUGUCCACCUAACACCUUCAACCACCUGCCAGGACAGAAGGCCUGCUUUCCCUGCGGCAGUUCCUCCACCUCACCCGCAGGUUCUUCCUCGUGUAGCUGCAUCGGUAAGAACCGAGCUUUUCAGCAUUCUGAUGGAUCGUGUUUGUGCAGAACUGGAUUUGUCUACUACAACGAGUUGGAUUUUAAAAGCUCAAUGCUCGAUAGUCAACUGGACUGCCAGCCUGAGGUGAACAGAAGGUGUGGGGCAGGAGAAGUACGUUUAGCAGCAUCCAGAGAGUGUGUCUCUCCAACUCUCUACUCUUGUAAUAUCACCUGUGGACCACUGGGGGGGAUUCUUAAUGUGGAAAUGGGCAUCUGCCAAUGUGAGCAGUAUGUGUCUGCAGAGGAGAUUUGCAAUAUGUCCUGCCUGUCCAGGCUGCCCCAGCUUUUUGCCCAGCUCACACCAGAUGGAGACCUAAAGCUCAGCCUCAGAGAAAGAGAAAGAAAAAGAAAUAGCCCAGUCUGGGCAAGGACAGUAACAAAUGUUUUAGGACCAGAUAGACAUGAAAAGAUCUUUGGAAAAAUACAUUUGGUCCAGUUUGACUCUGAAGGAGUGUUUGGCUGGAUUCCUUUGCAAAAGGAUGUUGACCUUUUCCUUUCAGAACCUAUUGAAAUUCUAAACACAAGAACUAGAACUAAGAGAGAGACAAAAGGUGAUGAUGCAACGAGUGUCCUCCCUAGAAUGCCAAAUCCCAUUGCCUGUCUUUCUUCUGGUGAUAUGCUCAUUUUUUAUCUCACCAUCAACCACACUGACCGUCUUCUAAGCCACUUCCCAGUCUACCAGAAAGACCACCUGUUUAAUAGCAACCCCAGCUGGGAUUAUGGUGCCUUCAGACAUCUGCAGAUACUUAUGAAGCAGACAAAUUUCAACUCUUCCAGGUUUGCCCACGUUUUUUCAGAAACAGGGAAGUAUGUGUUUGUGGACAGUGUUGUCCCUCAGUGGAGCAUGGUGGUGGUGGUCAGUGAGGAAGGGACUGACUGUGAUCCAAGGUCUGCUGUGUUCCAACCCAUGACCCCAGAAAACUUGGUGAAAUAUGGGAUUGUCAAAAAUCACAAACUCAACCUUCUGCCUGACUGGGGUUUGAUUGCUGGGAUUCUGUGCCUACUGAUGGUUGUAGUUAUAGUCCUGACAACAACUAUAUUGGUUCUGCGACCCAACAAAGCGAAGCUUGUUCCUCAGUGGAGGAUAAAACCAAAGUGGCGCAGCCUUGGGGAACCCUUUUGCCCAACAGAGUGUGUUUGCAGCAGAGAAAGCCGAGUUGUCCAAAGCCAAAGUGGGUCCCUUGGGUGUCGAGGUGUGGGAGAAGGAGCAGAAGCUGAAGAGCCUGCAGUUACAAAAGGAGGAAGUGUGUCAGGUUGCUGUGAUCUGGAGGAGUUCAAUGUUAAAACUUUAUAUGACAAACUGGAAGAUCAGAACCUCCAUAUUGCAUCCCAGCUGGCCCGACAUCGCAAAGACAUGCAGGAAUUUUACAGAAACAUUUGUCAGCAGACUGAAUCACUGAGGAAUCUCUUCGAAAAUAUGGAUUAUAAAAAACUGAGUCUUCUUAAAGAGAUUUUACUCCAUAAUCUUAUGAAGAUUAAAUCAUCUCACAACCAUGCAGGCGAGGGAGAUCCACAAGCUGAGGCCUCUGUGUCAUUACUGGGAGCUGUUCUUAGAUCAGUGGAAACUCUCUUAUGCAAGCUGACGGGAGAAUGUUGGCCUAACCAGGAUUUGCAUGGCCUCCCGUUCAGUCAUACUGGUCCUCAUGAUACCAGAGAGGGUGAGGCCCAGACUGGAUACUUGCAACCCAGUAUCACCAACAUGCGCUUUACACAGUUUUCAUCACUGACUAUGAACAAAGCUGAAGGUUUUUGCCAUGAGACAGAUAAUGCACAAAGCACAGAAGCUUGUCUCAGUGACUACGACCUGUCUAAGCUGGUCACCACGUCUCCUUUAUUUAAGACCCUGCAGGARAUUCAGCAGUCUUUGCAAAAUCUCACCAAAGUUGAGUCACAUCAGCAUCUUCACAUUGGUACUGAAGUUAAAUCACCUAUGGAACAUUUAACCCAGGACAGCUACAAUGGACUACUCGUUCCGACUUCUCUGGACAAACUUUCCCCGCAACACUCGGCCAUUUACCUGUUUGGCUGUCAGGUGAUGCAGCUGUUAGCAGACUGUCCCAUGUUCCCCACUGUGCUUCUUUUACUGGCCAAGUCCUUGCCGUUGUCCUCACCUCACCCCAACGGGAGCCUGCUGGCCCAUUGCUCUGAGGACUUUUAUUUUGACACAAGCAAUCAAAUCCUUUAUCUGUCAGAGGCAAAGCUUCAGCAUGUCGGACAUUUCAUCGCUGUCCUCCUGCAGUCCAUGGCCCACAUAGCGGCAGGAUCCAAACCUCAGCGGUUAAUGCGAGCUCUUCAUGAGGCCAUUUCAAUACUGAGCCUUCAGCUGUUCAAUCUUUCUUCUAAGUGGAGCACAGCAGAGUCAAGCAUUGAUGCAUUAGAUGGGGGGCACGGUGCAUUAGUUGAGCAAUUUCUCAACGUUAGAGUUCCCCCUGAAGCGCGCUUUGCUGAGCACCUGUUAGCCAGAAGACUUGAGAAAUAUAAGUAUUUCAAGUUGGAGGAUCUAAUCUCCAAUCUCAAACAGAGUUCAACCCCAAACAUCAACUCAGGUUUACCUCCAACUGGGACGCCGGUACAGAUGUCAUGUGUAGAGGAGGAAAUUGACCGCAUGAGUGAGUCUUUCUUGCAGCUGAGCUUGAAGCUGCAGAGGAGAGCUCAGUUAAGCUCCACACCUGGGGAGAGAGAGAACAGUGCUGGAAACCAUGAGAGGGUAACAUCACCAAACACGCCAAGCCUGUCUCGGAGUGGAACAAUUCUGUUGGAACUGAAGAGGCGCUAUGUUUCACAGCGCCUCAACGAGCUGCAAGUCAUGUUGGGCCAAAUGAGACGGAGCCAGCAGCCUGACAGCAAGUCGAAAGACGGAACAAGAGCCUACACACAAAGUGACAGCAGCACCAAUCAGCAGGGGGAAAUGGAGUGUUGCCCUGGCGUGAAUAGCUGCAGUCCCGCCGACGUCCAGCAGCGGCACAGUUUUUCAGCUGGCCCAAGUCACAGCCCAUGCAGUGCAGCAAGCAGAGAUCCUGAUAAACUGGAGAGUCAUAUUUCUGACCAACAAGGCGCCACUGUCCACAGCAACAAUGCUGAUGCCUUACAGGACAGCAUGAUGGUGGAGAGCCAGCUGCGUGGCGGCGCUCCAGAAAAUUCACAGCUUAGUGGUCAAAUAGGAAACACAACUGGACACAUAAAUACUGAUGAUAGAGGUGUCGACUGAUCGGAAAUAUAGACAAAUGUGGUAAAAGUUAUACAUGGUAUUACGUCCUCUUUUUCUGCCUCUUUGUGCUUCAUCCUGUGUGACGUAAAACAUCUGUUUAUUUAAGUGACUUCAAAACAACUGAGUGUUUCUAAUUAUUAGUGAUACCGGAAAGGAGUAAUUCCUGGCAGCAAGCAUUUGUGUGACACAUUCUGUCAUCAUGCCCAAUUUUUUUUUCAUUUUAUUUAUUUAUUUUUUGGUCAGAACUCAACACGAGGCCUCCAAGACAGGCUCUGUUAGUUUGCAUGUCCUAAUUAAGAAAAUAAACCUCAGCUGGAUGACAAGGUGA